AUGACUUGCAAGACAUAUAAAUCGCUUAUCUUGUGUUUCGUUUACAUAGUAAGUUGUUUACUCUUCAGGGUUGAAUCAUUCACUCCUGUAGGACGUUAUGCUCAUUCCGCCGUUCUUGUUGGAAAUAAAAUUUAUUUUUUUGGUGGAUUUAAUGGUAAAACCUGUACAAAUGAAGUAUUCUAUCUUGAUAUAUCUCAAAAAUUUAAUGCAGAGCUUCCGCCAUGGACCGACCUUACGCUAAAUUCAGGCAUAGGUUUUGAAAGUUGUUGGGCAGCUGCAGCUGUAAUUAAUAAUGAUAAUAACCCGAAUAUAUUUCUAAUUGGAGGAUUGACGUCUCUUCAAGAUGAAAAUGAACUCGGUUCACAGCAGGUUUAUGUAUUUAAUCCAAAAUCAGACCAAUGGGCUAUGCCUAUAAUUAAAGGGGAAGAGCCAGCAGUAAGACGUAGAAAUUUUAAAGCUAUUGUUGUUGACAAUGAAAAUAUCUUGGCUUUUGGAGGACUAACAACUGGAGAUGCGGCAACCUUGAUAAAAGAUAUGAUGGUGUUAAAUGCCAGGGAGUUGACGUGGUCGUAUGGUAAUGUUGUCAAUGCACCUACAACUCGAGAUACUUAUACCGCAACAUUAUUAUUAGAUGGUAAAUUAGAAUUAGUCCGUGAAUUACUCUGA